AGCAAUAAAGUAUGAAAUGCUAUAAGAAGAAGUUAGCACGUUGGUUGAGGCUACUAAAAAGGACUCUCUUAGACAGACUGCUGGACGAGGCUGGUUUGUGGAAGAUGCCGGAGACGCUGGUGGUGGUGGUGGGUGGACAGACACAGGUGACAGACGCUCUGCGCCACCACAGCCUUCGGAACACCAUCCACGGCAUCUACCUGGCCCUCCACCGCCCCGCCGCGCCUGCCGUGGCAGCAACCAGACCCUCCCGGCUCGCAGGGACAUUCAAAGAACUAAGUACCGUCUUCAUGCCAUGUGACUUGUGGGUUGGUUUGUUGGUGGGUCUGCUGGUGUGGAGCGCGACGAUGUUGGGGCUGCAGGCCUUGUGGUGGCUGGCUGCCGGAGGCCGUGGCGUCAGUGUGCCUGACACCCUCCUGUACGGCUGGGGUGCCCUCCUGACACAGUCCUCGUCCCACUCGGCGGAGAACUUUGCAGGCCUCUCAGGGCAGAUGGUAGCUGGCUGGUGGCUGGUGUUCUGCCUGAUCAUCUCCACGGGGUACAAGUCUUCUCUGGUGGCCCAUCUCACUGUACAGGCAAAGUCACAGGUUCCAGAAGGAUUUGACGAACUGAUUAAAUUUAACAACUGGAGGUGGGGCACCGAGCCGUGGAUGCUGGACGGGGAACUGCUCAAGUACUACGAGCAGAGCACACAACCCGUGGUGCAGGAGGUGUACCGGGGGAUGGAAGUAAGCCAUAAAUGAUACAACGUAACUUGUUGAGAAAAUGAAGAUGAAGUUUAUGGCGCAUCGAAAAGAAUAUUUUUGUCAGAUGUGCCAUUUUUCUUCAGGUGUUUAGUUUUGACGAACUCCUUCAAAAAGUUUUAAAGGAAAGAUUCACGAUGAUUACCACCAGAAACUACCUCACAGUUAUCCUCUUGUCCAGCUACGUAGACAAGUAUGGACAGAUGCCGUUUUACAUUGGGACCGACGAGCGAGAUGUUCUUGCCUGUUUUGGAUGGGGUCUGAGGUGAGUCUU